GAAAGAUACAGGCUCAUUACGUUUAUCACUUUGACAUAUACACUAGAUACAAGUGCUGUACAUAUUCUUAAGAUAACUUGAUAUGUGAUAUCACUGUACAGACGGAUGUUCAAUUCAUAAACUGAACACCAUAAAACUAACACUGCAAGAUGUCGAGAUUUCCGACCUACCUGACACCAGAAGAAGAAGAUGAGUUGAGGAAGAUAGCCAACGCCAUUGUGGCUCCUGGGAAAGGAAUUCUUGCCGCCGACGAGCCGCCGGGUACAAUGGCUCAGCGGUUUGCAUGUAUCGGUGUGGAGAGCACAGAAGAGAAUCGUCGGCGGUACAGAGAGAUGUUGUUUACUACAGAUGCUGAAAUUGCUGAAAAUAUCAGUGGCGUCAUACUGCACCAUGAGACCAUGUAUCAGAAAACGAAAGAUGGCGUUCCGUUUGUAAAGGUGUUAAAAGACAAGAACAUCAUACCUGGUAUAAAGGUGGACAAAGGAUUCGCUGUUCUGGCUGGUACCGACGACGAAACUACAACUCAAGGAUUGGAUGGCCUUGCUGAAAGGUGUGCGCAGUAUAAAAAAGAUGGAGCAAACUUUGCAAAAUGGAGAUGUGCACUAAAAAUUGCUGAUCAUACGCCCUCUCAUCAAGCGUUGAUGGAAAACGCAAACGUCCUGGCACGAUAUGCCAGUAUAUGUCAGCAGAAUGGUCUGGUACCAAUUGUUGAGCCGGAAGUAUUGUACGAUGGGGACCAUGAUCUUCGUACAGCACAGAAAGUCACAGAACAGGUUUUAGCCUACCAGUACAAAGCAUUGAGUGAUCAUCAUGUUUUCCUGGAAGGAACAUUACUCAAACCGAACAUGGUGACAUCAGGACAAGGCUGUCCACAAAAGUCAAUGACAGAACAAAAUGCACGGGCCACGGUUGAAGCAUUUAGCAGGACUAUCCCAGCGGCUAUGCCAGGGGUUGUUUUCCUGUCUGGGGGUCAGUCUGAGGAGGAGUCCACACUGAACCUGAAUGCCAUCAACCAAUGCCCUGGUCGUAAACCAUGGGCUCUGUCGUUCUCAUUUGGGCGAGCUUUGCAAGCAAGUGUAAUCAGGGUGUGGAAGGGCGAGGACAAAAAUAUAAUAGAAGCACAGAAAGCGUUUUUAACACGAGCCAAGGCAAAUGGUCUAGCAUCUCUUGGAAAAUAUAAAGGCGAUGCAGCAACAAGUACUGAAAAAGAAUCACUAUUUGUGGCAAAAAAUGAGUAUUAAAUUGAAACAGAUGAAAAAAGAAAAUUUGAGACAUCCAAAAUUUUGCUUCGACAACUAUAUAGUUGUACACAGAAUCUAUAUAAAGAAAAGACAAACUUUUACAGAGUAACAGUAUUCUGAACUCAGAUUUCUGCUUGUGAAUAUCUACCUUUAACUUAGACGUAUUAGGUCAAAUAACUCUUGUUCAAAUAGAAUAUUAAGAUAACUGAAUUAUAUGGAGAACAUUUUUCUACAGCACUUGUUUACUGUAACACUGAAUAUAGUUAUUCUCUAACACAACUGUAAAUUCGUGACUGAUUGUGUGUCACCAGCCUGUGCCUCUAUGACAUUAUUUAUGCAGUGUGGAGCACCAUGAAAAGUGUAACUAAACUUUUCUGUCAAAUCAGUAAUUGUCAGGUCAACUAUUUCAAAACAAAGAAAAACCAAGUUGCAGUUUUUUUUUUUGCUAUUUUAAUUGAUGUUUUGUUCUAGUAAUUUUCAAUGGUAUCAAUAUAAAAUACAAUAAAGUUUACAAAUAUAAAGCAGUGAAAAUUAUUCCCAGACUUUCUCCUCUUUAUCCACGUCUAUAAAACAUAUCACCAUUAUCAGGAAUUCUCACAAUUUUCACACCAUGUUUAGGAACAUUUUUAAAUCAACUACAGUAAUACCACUCUAGUGGAAAAAAGGUAUAAUUCUCAAGACAUGCACACAGAUCUCAGAAUACAUAAAGGUUAAAAUAAAUAAAACAACCACUUUUUACACACUAUUCUAUAAAAGUACUGUGAAUUCUCUUUACAUACAAAAUGAUAAUUUACAAUGGUAUAUACAAUGACAAUGUUUUCUCAGACACACAGUUUAAAGCUUGUGUCUCAUACAGGAUUAAUAUUGGCAGUAGUUACUGUUCAGGUAAUUUCAGUCCUUAGUAUAUCUAUUACAUAAACCCAGUCUCAAGUCUAUAAAACACUCCUGACACGUUUACUUUUCAAACAAACCAGUCUUUCAUCUCAUAGAGCUAAAUUUAGUAAAUACUUCAUUCAGAUAAACACUUAUUUUCAGACAAAUUCGUCAGUUGCAGGACUCUUCUUUUCUUGAAGUGUCCAUAUCCAGUCUAUUUGAAAUCUAUUUAUCACAAAUAUUCGAUGCAAUUAAAGUUAACAGAUGCCAUAAAAAGUUUUCAAGUGUUUUAUUGAUCAGCUUCUGCCAUAUAUGCAUCAAGUUCUGUAUCUAGAUGGGACUUUGUUUUGGACAUAUAUUCUUCCAACUGGUUAUCCAACUGUUCCUUUGAGAACCCUUGCCUGUUCCCUCCCCUUCCUCGUCCACGCCCUCUAAAUCCACCUCGUCCACGCCCUCUCAUUCCACCUCGUCCCCGCCCAAAGCCGCCGUCAGCUCCACCUCCUCGAUUUCCGCGUCCACCUCUACCACCACGA